AUGCGGCUGCGCGAAGAGCCUUCCAAGAAGGAGAAGCAGGUCCUGCUCGAUUUCAAUGUUGGCAAGAAGCUGUUCCCCCCUGGACCUCCUCGAGGCAUCCGCAGAGAACCGCUACAACUGGCACGAGACCGUCAGACCGGCCGCAACAAAUGGCUGUGGAAGAAGCUCAAGGCUGCACACGUGCUAAAGUGUUGCCGGUACGCGUUUGAUUGGAGCAACGUCGACAAUGGGGUCAUCCACGACGGCGAGGGAAAGUCCCUUGCGAAGAGAAUCACGACCGACGAGCCUCAGCCGCGUAGCCGUCGACACGACAAGUUCGUGGCCAACGAGGCAGCCCUGGAGAAGCUCCGCCCAGAUCAGCUCAUGAUCGGCACAGAGCUGGACGAGGAGGAGAGGGUAGCCAGGACCCGCGAAGGCCAGCGGCACCCGGUGCCACACCACUACAUGGACGAGAACAGCGAGGAGAUUGUCGACGAUAUCUGA